CUCCCAAGCGGCCACCAUGGGAAGUAAGACCCUGCCGGCCCCAGUGCCUAUCCAUCCUUCCCUCCAGCUCACCAACUACUCCUUCCUGCAAGCGUUCAACGGGCUGCCCGCCGUGCCCUCUGACCACCUCUCCAACCUCUACGGGUUCAGUGCCCUGCACGCCGUACACCUGCACCAGUGGACUUUGGGGUACCCUGCCAUGCAUCUGCCCCGCUCCUCUUUCUCCAAAGUGCCCAGCGUGUCAAGCCUGGUGGAUGCACGGUUCCAGCUGCCGACCUUCCCGCUCUUCCCACAUGUCAUCCAACCCAAGCAAGAGGCCACCAAUGUGACCCUCAAAGCCAAACCACGCUUCGACUUUGCCAACUUAGCAGUGGCCGCCACACAAGAGGACCACUCUAAACUGGGACAGGCAGACAGCCAGGGCUCACCCCCAGGGCUGGGGUCUUUGCUUGAGGUGACUAAACUCUCUCCAGAGAAGAAACCCACGCGGGGAAGGUUACCGUCCAAAACCAAGAAGGAGUUCGUGUGUAAAUUCUGUGGCAGGCACUUCACCAAGUCCUACAACCUUUUGAUCCAUGAAAGAACCCACACUGAUGAAAGACCCUACACAUGUGACAUUUGCCACAAGGCCUUCAGAAGACAAGACCACCUGAGGGAUCACAGAUAUAUCCAUUCUAAAGAAAAGCCUUUUAAGUGUCAAGAAUGCGGGAAAGGAUUUUGCCAGUCCAGAACGCUAGCUGUCCACAAGACACUGCACACGCAAGUAAAGGAACUGAAACCUGCCAAACUUAAGUGCUGAAUCUCCAACUUCUAUGAACUUUUCCUCCCCUUCAGACUUUACACCAAAACCAGAGCAGAAACAAAACUUUCAGGAUGGGAGCACUGAACUUUGUGUUUUGUUUUUGUUUGUACUUUAAAAAGAGCAAAAUCCACACCCCACCUCCCCCUACUCAAGAAACUAAUUUCCUAAGUCGUGGGUGAAAAGAUUAUUUUGCAUUUAAAAUAUACAUGAAUGAUGCAGAGAGUGCUAGCUGACUUGUGUGGCUUUGAUAAACUUUAUGCCAAAAGGUGGUGCUCACGUGUUGGACAGGAAUCUCUUUAAAACCAAACAAAAACC